AUGGAAGAUCCCGAGGGACCACGAAUCUUUCAAGUGGAAAAUGCGACCCUUGAUCUGGUUGAAAAAGAGAAGGAGGCCGGCUGGGUGAGGGUGAAAGUGGAGGAGAGCUGGUUCACCGUGGAGAGGGCCUUUCUAGCGAGGCACAGCAACUACUUCUCCGCGCUCUUUCAGUCUGGGAUGCUUGAAAGUGAGCAGAAAGAGGUCUACCUUAAGGGAGGGGUGCAUGCAAGGGGUUUUCGUAUUGCCCUUGCUGUGUGCAAGGAAGAGAAUCCAACUAUCUGCGACCCGGACGAGCUCGUAGAUGCAGUGGAAUGUGCCGCUUUUCUUCAGGUGCCUUGUUUGACUGAGCAUCUGUGUGACAUCAUCGACUCGGACAACUGUCUCUUGCUUUACCAUGCAGCCCACAUCUUUGGGCUGCAGGAACUCUUUCACGGCGCCGCUUUGUUCCUUUGCGAUACCUAUGAAGACUUGAGAGAAACAGCAGAGGCAACAAUCCCUGAAGAUUUGCUGCGGUAUUCCCAGUCGUUAUCCCCUGCGUCUUACAUUGCAAUCGGUACCCAUUCUCCUUCAAUGGAACAGCUCCGUGACUCCUUCAGGAUCGUGUGCUACCUCGAUGAGAAGGAAGAAGAAUGGAAGCAUCUCACAAACCUCCCCACCCUUUGCAGCACAUCCAUGGCCGGCGUGGCGGUGCUGGACAACCGUUUGUACAUCGUCGGGGGAGUUUUUGGUUAUGGAAAGGACACGCUGGACGGUGGCUUCUGCUUUGACCCUGAAUCAGGGAUUUGGACCGCUCUUCCGGGACCGCAACAACCGAGGAAGGACUUCACUUUCUUGGGGCAUGAAGGGCGACUAUAUGCCAUUGGUGGUGAGUUCCAGAAAAGAUGUGUGGCCACUGCAGAGUGUUAUGAUCCUCAGAAGGGCCAGUGGACUUUAAUACAACAAGCACCAAGGCCGGUAACAUCCGCUGCUUGUGCUGUUGCAAGGCGCCGGAUGUUUAUUUGCUUCUGGAAGUCACCUGACACCACAGACAUCUAUGAGUAUACACCGCUUAAAGAUGAGUGGAAACUCGCGACUACCAUGACCAGACAUCAGAGCUACGGCCACUGUAUGGUCGCCCACAGGGACAAUUUGUACGUGAUGCGCAACGGGCCUUGCGACGACUUCCUCCGCUGUCUCAUGGACUCUUACAAUAUCACCACAGGACAAUGGACAGCCAUGCCUGGACACUACAUCAACAGCAAGGGGGCACUGUUCACCGCAAUGAUUAGGGGGGACUCGGCGUUCACUGUGAAACACAUGCUAACGCUUGAAUACACCAUCAGUGCACAAGAGUGGAAGCCCCGAAGGCAGAUGAAGGGUUUUCCAAAGAGUGGAUCACUUUGGACGUGUUUACUUAGGCUUCCCAAGACAGGACCAAUAGAACCACAGGUUGAUGCACAGGGGAAGAAAAAGGAAAUGCCUUUGAAAGACGGAAAGGAGGGAUUUGUCGAUGAUAUUCUGUAG